UCCUCUGAGAUGGCGCGCAAAGACUCUGCCAACCCAAACGAGGAUCGCAAGGUCCUGCAGAAGGCUGCUCCCAGUGCGCAGUUCAUCCUAUCAUCAAAGAACGGUGGCAUGAAUCCUGCUGGACCCGUUUUUACCCCUCGCAAGGGUUUCUCGGGCUACCAUGAUAGCGUCAGCUCAUCAUCCAAUAGCAUCUACACUCCUGCCAAUGGCAGUGCUAUGAAGCUUCUCAACAUCGGUUCAACUCCUGAUGGACCCUCGACGAAGACUUCUUCGAGCUCUCCUGUCAAGCCCAUCGGCUCGGGCUUCUCCUCUCCAUCCCGUCAGACUUCGCUCAAGGAUGGUCCUGCCUUCAGCACCGAUGCUGAUCCUAAUCUUGCUGAGACUCGCUUCGUUCGCUUCGGCAUGAUCCCUGGCGAGUGGCUUGAGGGUAGCACCCUCCAUGAGGUCCUCCACGCAACUGGCUUGGUCGGUCUCAUCGACAACUGCGUCGCUGCUCUUGGCGACACUGAAGACUACGUCAGUCUGUACUGUCGCUUCGACGACCUCCGCGCCGCAGCUUCCUCAAAGGUCAUGUUCGAAAGUGGUCUUACCACUGCCAGCUUCUGCUUUGUCGAUCAUCAUGAAUACUUUGGUCACGAUCCCUCGCACCCUCGUGCUCAGGCCAUAUCGGCCUACGAUGGCCAGGUCGAGUUCACAGCUACUCCCAAGAGCAUGAUCGACUUCAACCUGCACUCCAUCUUCGACGAGGUUCGUGCCCUCGCUCGCGAGUUGGGCGAUGUUCGCUCCUUUGCGUACGUCGACUCCAAGGGCUUCCAGGCCCCACGCUUUCGCGCCGAAUACUUCUCUGUCAAGUCAGCCGAGGAUAUUGUUACCACCUCGAUGCAGCGCGAUGCUGCCUUCUGCUCUAACACUCUGACUGUGUCCAUCAAGGAGUAUUUACCGGCCGGUUACAAGCGCUACGUUCAUCCCGCCGCCUCGGGUAUGACUGACCUGGUCGCCGCUACCGAGGAACUGGACGUGUCGGACGAUCAGAGCGACCGCUACGACAACUACACCACUCGUAACUCCAGAGGUGAUUACACUCCUCGCUCCCGUAGCGACUACGUCCCCCGUCGUUUCCGUAGCGGCUACCGUGGUCAUGGCUCUCGCCACCCCGCUUUGUGUCUCUCAGAAGAUUCUCCAGUCCACCAGACCGACAUGGACUUCUGGCGUUUUAACCAGCCCCAGACAGUCAAUCUUCAGAAGAUUGAGGCCGGCAUCGAUGUUCGCACCACCAUCAUGUUGCGCAACAUCCCUAACCGCGUCGACUUUGAGGACCUCAAGAUCUUCCUCGAUGCCACCUCGGAGGGCCACUACGACUUCUCGUACCUCCGUAUCGACUUCUCUAACAAUUUGAAUGUCGGUUACGCUUUCGUCAACUUCGUCCGUCCCGAAUUCAUCACCAACUUCGUGCAGCGUCGUGUGGGCAAGGAAUGGAACAUGUACGGUUCGAUGAAGAAGUGCGAGGUCUCCUACGCCACCAUCCAGGGCAUCGACUGUCUCUUGGCCAAGUUCCGUAACUCAGUUGUCAUGGAAGAAAUCCCCCGUUACCGCCCCAAGCUGUGGUACAACGUUGACUCCACCGACCUCCCUACUAUCGCUGGCAUCCCCAACCGCCAGGCCAUUGGUACCGAAGCUUCCUUCCCUCCUCCCAACAACGAGCAGAAGCGCAAGCGUUCCAGGGAUAACGCUGGCACCAUCGGUCUGUUCCCUCCUCGCCGUGGCAGAGGCCCUCACGGCCCUGGCUCUCACUACCGUGAGGGACAGUACGACCGCGGUACCUCCUUCGCCAUUGAGGAGGAACGCCAGUACGAGGAGCAGCGUCAGCUCCGCUACAACGAGCGUCACAUGAUCGGCUACCGUGGUAACGACCGCCGUCAGCACCCUGCCUCUCGUAACGGUAGAUACCAGCAGCAGCCUCGUUUCCGCGGUGAUUACCAGGACGAGGAGGAGGAGGACUACUUCGACGAGGAGGACCCCUUCUUCCGUGGCAACUGCCGUGGCCAUUACCGUCGUUGA